UCUCCCGCCGCUACGAGCAUCGUAUGAACGUACAGUGGCUAACUUUUUAACUUUAAGUUCUUCUGACAGCGGAUAACUAUUAUUAGUAACUACUCUUAGUUAGCUCGCCAAAAACAAAAAAACAUAUUAGGUACAGCCGUUAGUCCUUUUUGAUAUUUUAAUCCGUGAAUUGUGAACUCUUGUUACCAACAUACGUUGAGCUAACAAUUAACUUAGCUAAUUUUAGCUGAAGUUGUUGCGGUUGACCUCGUCUUAACAGGAGAUAAAAUAUAUACAUUUUAUUUGUAACCGUGAAGCCAUUCGAUGGCGAAAAUGAAAGCUGCAGAGGAUCAAGUUGUUGAAGAUGAUAGCAGCUUCCAGGAUGAUGAGGAGUCCUUCUUCCAAGACAUUGACCUACUACAGAAACACGGCAUUAACAUGGCGGACAUCAAGAAGCUGAAGUCAGUGGGUAUCUGCACUGUGAAGGGGAUCCAGAUGACGACGCGUAAAGCUCUGUGCAACAUCAAGGGCCUGUCCGAGGCCAAGGUGGAAAAAAUCAAGGAAGCUGCUGGAAAAAUGCUGACUGUCGGUUUCCAGACGGCCUUCGAGUACAGCGCGAGGAGGAAGCAGGUGUUCCACAUCACGACCGGCAGCCAGGAGUUUGAUAAACUUCUGGGUGGAGGUUUAGAGAGUAUGGCCAUCACAGAGGCCUUUGGAGAGUUCCGCACAGGAAAAACCCAGCUGUCCCACACACUUUGCGUCGCCGCUCAGCUGCCAGGGGAGGACGGCUACUCCGGAGGAAAAGUCAUCUUCAUCGACACGGAGAACACCUUUCGUCCAGACAGACUGAGAGACAUCGCUGAUAGGUUUAAUGUGGACCACAAUGCUGUGCUGGACAAUGUGCUUUACGCCCGAGCCUAUACUAGUGAACACCAGAUGGAGCUGUUGGACUUUGUAGCCGCCAAAUUUCAUGAAGAGGGAGGAGUGUUCAAGCUGUUGAUCAUUGACUCCAUCAUGGCUCUGUUCAGAGUAGACUUCUCUGGCCGAGGGGAACUGGCUGAACGGCAGCAGAAACUAGCCCAGAUGCUCUCAAGGCUGCAGAAGAUCUCUGAAGAGUACAACGUAGCCGUGUUCAUUACCAACCAGAUGACAGCCGACCCUGGAGCGGGAAUGACAUUUCAGGCUGAUCCUAAGAAGCCAAUUGGAGGACACAUCCUGGCACACGCCUCCACCACACGGAUCAGCCUGAGGAAGGGCCGUGGAGAGAUGAGAAUUGCUAAGAUAUUUGACAGUCCUGAUAUGCCUGAGAACGAGGCCACCUUUGCCAUCACUGCUGGAGGAGUUAGUGAUGCUAAAGAGUGAAGUACAAAGGAAAGAGAUAAGACUUAUUAACACCGUUCCCUGUUAUGUAAUGUAUUCCUAAUGUAUUUAUUGUUAUUUAUUGAGUUUCCUAACUUUAUACAGCUUAUUGUAGUUACAUCAUAUGAA